AUGGACAUAAUCAUAUACUUGCUUGCCCAUAUCUAUCUAUCUAUCUAUCUAUCUAUCUAUCUAUCUAUCUAUCUAUCUAUCGAUCGAUCAUUCUAUCUAUCUUUCUCAGUCUGUUCAUUAGCUAUCUAUCUAUCUAAGUUCGCUCGUAGCCAUUUAUCUAAGUUUGCUCGUAUCUAUCUAUCUAUCUAUCUAUCUAUCGAUCUAUCUAUCUAUCUAUCUAUCUAUCUAUCUAUCUAUCUAUCUAUCUAUCUAUCUAAUGGUUGCUCUUAUCUCUCUAUCUAUCUAUCUAUCUAUCUAUCUAUCUAUCUAUCUAUCUUAUUUACUUCUAUCUAUCUAUCUAUCUAUCUAUCUAUCUAUCUAUCUAUCUAUCUAUCUAUCUAUCUAUCUAUCUGCAUCUGUUUAUAUCUAUCUUUCUUACAAGUUUUGACCGCUAUUUCAAUGUGUUCCUAUCUAUCUAUCUAUCUAUCUAUCUAUCUAUCUAUCUAUCUAUCUAUCUAUCUAUCUAAUGAAAAUGUUUCUACCAAAACUGAAUAUCUAUCUCAGUCUUUUCACUAUAUAUAUCUAUCUGUCUGUAAUUUUCUUUCUCAAUUUACUCAUAUAAAAUUGUUCAUUUCGAACAGCCACAACCUGUUCUGUUCACGUAAUGAUCCCGGGCAAUACAGAACUCUCUUUCUAACAGGAAAUAAUCUUUCACUGAUUAUUCGCCGAGGUUGUUAA